UGGACGCGCAGGUAACCCGCCGGGUCUCGAGGGUUGCUUGUGCAUCCCGCCGGCUUGCGAGAUUCUCUUUAUCUAGACACCUUCCCGCCCUGCCGUUCCAUCCGGGGUCCUCGUCUCCUUCCUCCUCCUCAUCCCCCUCGUGGCCCAUUGCCUCUUCCUCUUCCCUUUUUUUUUUCUUUCCCUCUUCUUCUCUUCUCCCUGCCCCGCCUACAUAUACUCAGGCGGUGCUUUUCGUUCCUUGGUUCGAAGGAGCAACCAUAUCCCCUUCACCUGGCUCGUCACCCUUGACUCAGACCUCGCCUUACCGGGCCACCACAGCCGAGGUCCUCUCCCCAGGGCAGGUUUGGUUGACUUCCCGUCAACCAAACAAGCAAAGAGCAGAGAAGACAUAAACAAGGGACAAGAAGGAACCGCAAAAAUGGGCCACACGUCGGAUCUCUCGUCGGAUCACGAGAUCAAAAAGGGUGCCACCAGCCAGACCCCCAGCGUCCGCGUCGAGAGAGAUGGCGAGAAGGCAACCCAGGACCAGGUCGACUACCGGUCUGGGGACCCAGAGCAGGCCACCGGGCCCUGGGAUGCCGCGGCCACCAAGAAGCUGAUCCGGCGCAUCGACCUGCACCUGAUCCCCUUUCUUGCCUGUCUGUACCUGCUCUCCUUCCUCGACCGCACCAACAUCGGCAACGCGCGCCUCGACACGCUCGAAGCCGACCUCAAGCUGGACCCGGCGCGCCUGCAGUACAACGAUGCCCUGUCCAUCUUCUUCCCCUUCUACGUCGCCGCCGAGAUCCCGUCCAAUAUGGCCAUGAAGCGCUGGCGGCCCUCCAUUUGGAUCCCCUCCAUCAUGGUCGCCUGGGCCAUCUGCACCACCCUGCUUGGCAUCGUGCACAACUACGCCGGUCUCAUGGUCUGCCGCGCCGCUCUAGGCAUCGCCGAGGGUGGUCUGUUCCCGGGCAUCACCUACUACAUCACCAUGUGGUACCGCCGCCAUGAGUGCGGUCUGCGCAUGGCCAUCUUCUUCUCCGCCGCCACGUGCGCCGGUGCCUUUGGUGGUCUCCUGGCCCGUGGCAUCCUGGAGAUGAGGGGGGUCGGUGGUCUCUCGGGCUGGCAGUGGAUCUUUAUCCUCGAGGGCAUCCUGACCUUUGCUGUCGCCCUUCUGGCCUACAAGGUCAUGUACGACUACCCCGACUCGGCCAAAUUCCUCUCGGACGCCGAGAAGAAGGAGGUCACGGACCGCCUCAAGCUGGACCGCUCGUCCCUGGCCGACGAGUUCGACAUGCGCUACUUCUGGGACGCCAUCAAGGACUGGAAGAUCUGGGUCCACAUGGUCAUCACCAUCGGCAUCUACACCGGCCUCUACUCGUACUCGCUCUUCCUGCCCACCAUCGUCAAGGGCCUCGGCUACAGCGACCCCAAGGUGGCACAGCUCAUGACGGUGCCCCCAUAUGUUGUCGCCUGCUUCUUCUGUAUCGCCGCGGGAUGGGCCGCCGACCGUCUGGGCCAGCGCGGUCUCUUCAUGAGCUUUUUCAUCCUCAUGGCUAUGGCCGGCCUCGUCAUGCUCAUAGUCAGCCAGUCCAACAACGUCAAGUACGCCGGCUGCUUCCUCCUCGCGUCGGGCAUCUACCCCAACGUGCCGCAGGGCGUGGCCUGGAACGGCAACAACAUCGGCGGCUCGCUCAAGCGCGGCGUCGGCAUCGCCAUGCACGUCGGCUUCGGCAACCUGGGCGGCACCAUCUCGGGCUACCUGUACCUGGCGCGCGACGGGCCGCACUACAUCUCGGGCCACGCGACCCUGCUCGCCCUCGAGGGCAUGGCCCUGGUUCUGUCCAUCUUCAUGCACGUCUACCUCCGCCGCGAGAACGCGCGCAGGGACGCCCAGUACAAGCCCCCCGCCGAGUACACUGAGGAGGAGCGCGUGGCCGAGCGCCACAGGGGCGACAACGCCUCCUUCUUCCGCUACACCAUCUAAAGCGCUGUCUGUUCUAGGAUUCGGGAAAAUGUGCGGUUGGGAUGGAUAGGGAUGGUAUGCAGCAUGUCACUCUUGGCUGGGAAGUUUGAAGCAGGAUCGAAGAGAUUCUCUUCGGGUUUCUCUUUUUUAUGGAGCGACUUUUCCUCUGUACCUGUGCAUGAGUCUGUUUACGAGUUAGAUAAAGCUUAAAGAUCAAUGAUGUGAUAAUACACUGUAAUGUCCAAG